CAAUUGGGUGGCUGGCUGAUCGUGGCUUAUCAUUUCAGAGUGCUGUUGCGGCCUGUUGGAGCACAGUUGAGCGGUGGCAGUCAAGUGCAACGGUUGUGUGGUGCGCGCAAAGUAAGACUCGUGAAAUUUAGGGGAGACAAAAAAGUUCAGUGCACGCUCGCUUACACGCCGAGUGAUUUAUUUCGAUAAAUGAAAACGUUAAUUGCAAACAAGAAAUAAUAUCAAUUGAAAGCUUGGAGGAAAAAACUCAACAAAGAAAAACUAAUAUGAUUUGGAAAACGCAUUUUUUAUUUGCGCUGUUGGCGCUUAUAAGUACGACACAGGCGCGUCAUCUUGGGGAUGCACCGCGCGAUGCGAGCGAAAAAGUACCUUGGGAAUUGAAUGAGGCGCUAUCGGCCAGCGGACGCUUGCGUAGUUUCAACGGAAGUUGGAUUAAUGAUGCUGAAUUCGCCUAUCGAGCAGCUGAUGGCUAUCUUUACAAAUAUAAUGUGGCUACGCUGAAUCUGUCGUUGAUUUUGCCACCAGCUAUAUUUGAAGUGUAUCCUUCCGAUUUGACAAUCACCUUCUCGCCAGACAACACCAAGUUGCUCAUACGCUACGACGUCGAACAACUUUUCAGGCAUUCGGUUAUCGCUAAAUACUCGCUACUGGACAUUGAAACGAGAAAUGAGACGAAGAUCCAUGGCGGUGAGAAGCUGCAGUUUUGCAGCUGGUCUCCUUCGAAAAAUCGUCUCGCCUAUGUCUACGAUAAUAAUGUUCAUGUUCAUUAUGAAGACGAUGAGGAAUUGCAGCUUACCAGCGAUGGUGUCACAGGCGUCAUAUACAACGGCAUACCCGAUUGGGUAUACGAAGAAGAGGUGCUCUCCAGCGGCAGCGCCGCGUGGUGGUCUAAAGAUGGCACUUAUUUGAUCAGCGGCUACUUCAACGAUGUCGACGUGAAGACAUUCAAGUAUCAAGUGUACGAAGAUAAAUAUGUGAAUAACUCAUUGCUUGAAUAUCAAUAUCCAGAAGAGCUCGAACUGAAAUACCCCAAAGUGGGCACGCCCAAUCCUCUGGUGGCAUUGCGUCUUUUCAAUGUGGACACUAAACAGCUGCAGCCGGUUAACAUAACAGCACCGGUGGAGGUGGUCACAGCUGAUCAUGUCUUACAGAACGUUGUGUGGAUCAACGGCACCCGCGUGUUGUUGGUUUGGCUGAAUCGUCGUCAAAAUUUGGCUUCAUUCCAGGAGUGCACGGUGGAUGGUGUUUGCCGUGAGGUGACACGUUUGCAAGAACCCGACGGUUGGAUAAUGCUCAGCACACCCACUUGUGAGGAAAGCAGUUGCAUAUUCACCUACUGGAUUGAUGAUUGGGUUCAGGUGUGGAACUUGAACUUGACAACGGGCAAGAACGAAUGGAUUUCGCGUGGAAACUUUACAGUGUUGCAGGUUUACUUCUAUGUUGCGGCUGCCGAUGAGCUCUACUAUCAGGCUACUUUGAAGGAUCAACCCUUCCAACAGCAUGUCUUCCGCAACAAUGACUGCUUAAGCUGUGAUUUGCGCGAUACCGACGGCAAUGUCUGCCGCUCUGCUGGUGUCUCUUUUAGCACGAAUCGGACUUACUAUAUUUUGGCCUGCAAUGGACCCGGCCCUUCGGUUAUAAGAAUUUUCGAAAGACAGACUAAUCGCGAAAUUUCUGUUUGGGAGAAUAACAACGGAUUCCGUGAAUACUUUGCCAAUAAGCUGUUUCCUAACAGUACCUACUUGAACGUCUCACUCCCCGAUGGCUCUUUCGCAGCUGUGAAGUUACAAUUUCCACCGAAUUUUGAUCAAACCAAAAAAUAUCCAAUGAUUGUUAAUGUCUAUGGCGGUCCCAACUCAGUGCGCGUUACAAGCGCUUUUAGCACAGGCUUCAAUCUAUUUGUUACCACCAAUCGUGAGGUAAUCUAUGCGUUUAUUGACGGACGCGGCACUGGCAAUAAGGGAAAGAAGUUACUCUUCAGUGUCAAUAACCAUUUGGGCGAUUUGGAGGCACAAGAUCAGAUCUUUGUGACCAAAUACCUGCAGACUCUAUAUCCAUUUGUCGAUGGCGAACGUGUUGGUAUUUGGGGUUGGAGUUAUGGUGGUUAUAUGACAUUGAAAACUUUGGAGUAUGAUACCAACAAUGUGUUCCAGUGUGGUGUAAGUGUGGCGCCAGUUACCUCGUGGUUGUACUAUGACACCAUCUACACUGAGCGUUAUAUGGGUUUGCCAACGGAGGAAGAUAACUUGGCCGGCUAUGUGAAUAGUAGCGUGUUUCGCUCGCUCGAUACCUUCAACAUUCAUGACCUUCUGCUGAUCCAUGGCACUGCCGAUGAUAAUGUACAUUACCAGAACUCACUGCUAUUAGCUAAGAAGUUGCAAACAGCUAAUAUUCCUUUUGACGAGAUGUCCUACACCGAUGAAAACCAUUCGAUUAGCAGCUUUUUACCGCAUCUCUACAAUACGAUUGAUAACUUCUUCAUUAGCUGUUUAAAUUUGCAUGUGCGUGAUGAAGAUGCAAGUGAGUCUGAUUCAAGUAAAUGAAAUAAAAUUAAAUGAGACUGGAAUUCAAAUGAAUGACGACAUACAUACAUAUGUAAUUAGUCGAAGUUAAUAUUAGUUAAUUAAUAAUAUUGCCAAUGACUUUUCUUAAUACUAAUUUAAAUGUACUUCAAAACAAUUU